GUGUGUCAAAUGUAAAUGGAACUGGCACUAUAAACACUGCUGUGAGUCACACGCCUAGUAAAAUUCCACACACACCUCAGCACAGUUUAGUAGUGUUUAGUACAGUACACCUCAGUACAGUUACUACAUUUUCAUAUAGUCUAGCAACAUCUCAGCACAGUUUUAGAUCAGCACAGUCCAGAUCAGCACAGCUCAGCACAGGUUAGUUCAGCACAGACCAGUUUCCAGGAGGGGUUUGAACUUCUGACUUUUUUCCAUCAUCAUGACGAGUUCGUUCUUUCCGACUCUUUGGAGAGCGACGAGCUCAUUUUCCUGUUGAAUUGUGCCGGGGAGCUUCGCAAGUGUCAUUUCAGAGACGGGAACACGUGAUAAAAUGCUGCUGUAGGCUGUGUGGGAAUUAGGGAGCUGAUCCUGUGAACAUCAGUCGAACCCUGGGCCAGCCAUGUCUCUGAUGCAGAGCCUAAAGAACUCCCCAGCGGCUCUCCGGCACCGCUUCCGGCGCGACCGUACCGAGGGCCUAUCACAUGGUGACCCGCUCUUCAAGGUGCACUAUCUGGGCACGGAGAAGACCUACUCGCUGGACGUGGGGCAGGCGCAGGAGGCCAUCAGUCGGCUACUGGAUGGCGCCCCAGGGAAGCUGGCAAAAGAGCAUGCCCUGGUGGUGCGGCCGCGCUACGUCGAGGUGAAGGAGAUCAGCACGGGCCGCCAGCUCGCCAAGACCUUCCUGGAGGACAUCGCGUACUGUGCGGCCGACUCCGCCCACCCCAACGUCUUCCUCUUCAUCUGCAGACAGCGCAGCCGCCAGCUGCAGUGCCGCAUGUUCUGGUGCAGUCGGGCAGAGCGCGCCAAGGAAAUCACCGCCUGCCUGGCUGACGCCUUCCAGCGGGCGCUCAGCAACCGGCAGAACGCCCCCACCAAUCAGCAGCAAGGUGAGGGCCCAAGGGGCAGAGAGUUCCCACUUCCAGCCAAUCCCACAUCCAGGAGCUUCACGCUGCCAGCUCACCUGGGCAAAGGCGGCUCGCUGGAAGAGAUGGAGCCUAGCGUCUCACCAUCCAGCGAGAGUGACCCUGAGGAGGGGACACCCCACUGACGACCCAGCAUGCAUCAGCGAAGCCCCUUGGAUUUCUGGGCAGUGAAAGAGACUGGAUGAUAGUCAAUCAGAACUGAGGGACCCCCUUCAUCAGAGGCGAAAAGGCAAAUGUUGAGCCUGAACAGCAGCGUGGUAAAGGACUGCAACUUUUAACCCACAGGUAACAGGUUCCAGCCCCAUGAGAGGCCCUCCAGUUUGUGCCCCUGAGCCAGGUGCAGUGUAAAUGGGUAAAAAUGAUCAUUGCUCUUGUUGAAAGGGCUGCAGACACAUCAGAAUAAUAAAACUUGGCAGUAUGUACCAUUUCAAGCCAAUCAAUUUCAUUUUAAAAUUAUCAACUGUUUCUUUUCUGUUUCAGUUUCUGUACCCAUAUGACUUUUUAGUGGCUGUCACUGAACAAAGGCUUCCAGUUUUCAGCCUCUCAGCUUCUGUUCUGUUUCACACUGUAUCGUAAGUGGGCAAAUAAUUGUAAGCAAGUCAACAGUAAUGUAUAAACUUUUUUACAUGUAUUUCAGUACACUGCUGUGCACAUGAGUCUCUGCUACUCAUAUUUUCAUGUAAAAAGCCAAAGUGGACUAUGCAGAAGCUAUCAGGACUGCAGCUGUCUGGGAUGGAGCUGUAAGAGACAGACAAAAUGAAUCCUUGUCCCAUUAGGAGGAUGAGUCUAAUAGUGAAGUGCAUUUACACGUGUGACACACUUCCAAUCCCAGCCCUGGACAGCAGCUUGUCAGGGCUUUCCCUUCUAUCAGUGACACCUGAUGCCAUGAGAAGGUCUUCCCAGCUUUUGGACAUCAUUGGUUAUAAAGAGAAGGUCCAGGAUUGAACACCCAAUGGAAAAAAGAAAGGGGGGGGGGGAAAUGGAAGUGAUCCCCCCCACCCUAGUCCUCAAAUAAUCCAACAUCACCCAGAUGCUUGUAGGUGAGCACAUGGCAAAAAGCUGAGAUGAUGGGCUAGAAGACACACUAGGGAUGCUUCUAUCACAGAUGGACUUGAAGAGCCACAGGGCACAAGGAGAAGAGGGGACAUGAGACAACUCAGUGCUUAUAACUCUUACACUUUUCCCUUAUAAUGGCAUUUGUGCUAGUGUCCCCGGUGAGACAGUGGGCAAACUGACUACUUGUCAUGUAACUUGCACAAAAAAAAAAAAAAAAAAAA